AUGGUGAAACAUUGGAGAUGCAGGCGCCCUAUAUGGCUGCUGGCAGCCUUGCUGAGCUUGAGAGGAGCGCUUCCUCCGGCACCGCCCCUUUUCGCAUUCUCUCCUGGAAUGAACAAGUUGAAUGACUUAGCUGAGAAAGGAGAUGUGGAUGGGGCCUUGCAUCAGUUGCGAAGGGUACUGGCAGAGCUGCCAAGCGGACACAGGCCAACAGUCCAAAUGCGGACUGCCUUCAACACUGGAAUCAAAGCCUGCGCCAAUGCUGGGAAUUUGAAACAGGCGGAGCGGCUCUUUGCGGAGAUGCUCCAGCACCGGGUGGCGCCGAAUUUGAAGGGCUUGGGAAAGAUGAUGGAAGCUGCAGCUAAAGUGGGCAACCUCUCUGGCGCAGAGCAUUGGUUCAGGCAGCACGAGCGCUAUGGCCUUGCCCACGAGAGUGACGAAAUCGCGCGAGGUCAACUCAUCCAAGCGGCAGCCAAGGCACAGGACCUGAAGGCGGCCGAGGAGUGGUUCCAGGAACUGCUUCAGAAAGGUUUGCAGCCCAGUGCCUGGACCCUCGCGGCACUCUUGGAGGCUUGUGCGCGCGUGGGAGAUGUGGGCAAGGCGAAGUCUUUGGUUGCCAAGUGCACAGCUUUGGGCAUUCGCACUACAGAUCUUCACGAGUUCCUUUUGCGGAAGGUCUACGUCAAGAACAAUGAUCUGGAUUCUGCUGAGGAACAGUUUCGUCAGAUUUCCGCGCCGGAUCUCAAGGACUACGCCAUGGUCAUCGACGCCGCCGCACGCUGUGGGAACCUCACCGCUGCAGAGCAGUGGUUCCGAAGGGCUCAGGCGGGCGCCAAAGCCGAAGGUCGCACUGUGGUGGGAGAUGAGCCGAUGUUUGUCACCCUGAUGUUUGCAGCCGCGCGCGCCGCCGAGUUGCAGCGCUGCGAGGAGUGGUUCCAGCAAGCGCAGAAGGCCAGGCUGAGACCCAGCAGUGCCAUGUACACCGCGCUGGUGACCGCAGCUGCGGAGGCGCUUGACACCUCUGCAGCGCAGCGCUGGCUGCAAGCUUGUCCCCGGCCCUGGCCACCGGAGGUUCUGAACACCGCGCUGCGGGCGGCGGGGCUGGUGGGCGACGAGGCGCUGGCGGAGGCUUGGGCGAAGCAAGGCAUGAAAGAUGGGAUGCGCUUGGACAGCUACUCCUACCGUGCUUUGCUGACGGGCGCCGCCCGCAGUCAGGAUACCAAGGGGGCCCAAAGGUGGUUCCAGAAAGCGCUCCAGGAAGGGGAGGUGGAGGUCAAUACUUGCAAUGCUGCGAUUCAGGCAGCUGCCCGUGCAGGCGAUGUCCCUUUGGCCAAAGAGAUGCUGAAGACCAUGAACCAGUUAGUGGUUCAACCAGAUGCGGUGAGCUACCAGGGCUUGCUGACCUCUGCAUCGAACGCAUGCGACUUGGCCGCCUGCGAGGCCUUCGUGGCCCAAGCCUCGGCCAGCGGCGUGCCCGUGCGCUAUGCGCCGGUGAUCAGCUGCGCGGCGAAGGUUCAAGGCCUCAAGGAAGCAGAGCGUUGGUUUCAGGAGGCGCUUCAUAGCGAUUCAGUUGACCUGUUUGCCCUCAACGCACUGGUCGCCGCAGCCGCGCGGGUGGGGCAACUGGAGCUGGCGGAGCGGUAUUUGCAUCUGGCGCGGGAGAUGGGCGAGGAACCUGACAUUGUUACCUACACCAGCCUCAUCAGUGCAGCCACCACGAAGGGCGACCUCCAGGCGUUGGGGCACGGGCCGAUGGCUCUUCAAUCAGGGCCACUGCCCAGUGCAACAUCCCCUUGCCGGCCCAAGUGUAUCCCACAUCGUUUGGACUUUGUCAAUCAACCUUUGACCGUUGCUAUGGGCAGCGGCGCGUCCAGCGGGGACCGCAGCGUGGAUGUCAAAAGCUUUCUCGAAGCCUUGCUGGGCGAAACGUUGUUAGCCUCCACUGGAGUGGUAGAGACUGACAAGGCCUUCACUGGCAAGAAGCAGGUGGGGUUGUACUUUGCAGCCGAACGGUAUCCUCGCUGCAAGACCUUCACACCGAAGCUCAAACGGGUAUAUGAGAUUGUCAAGGACAAGGGCCUCGAGAUCGUCUUCUGCUCCUCCGACAAGAAGCACGAGCUUUUUGAGGAGUUCCGACAGGAGAUGCCAUGGCUGGCCCUUCCCUUCGAAUCCAAGGACAAGGUCAUGGCUCUCAAGCAAAAGUUUAAGGUCACCGCCCUGCCCCGCUUCGUCCUGGUGGACGCAGAGACGGGCGAGCUGAUCACGGAGGAUGGGCGCUCCUCGGUGGAGCGAGAUCCCAAGGGAGAGAAGUUCCCCUGGAAGAUCCCGAGCUUCGAGGAGGCCUUACCCAGCCAGUUUCACAAGGGCCAGGAGACGGUUGGGAAGGAGUUCAUCGAAGGAAAGACCGUGGGUCUCCUGUUCUCUGGCGGCUGGACACGUCAGGGCGUCGAUCUGGCCAGCAGGCUGGCCAAUUGGUACGCCGGUGUCAAAGCAGACGUUGGCGACAAGUUUGAAAUCAUCUACUGUGGCUGUGACACUGACGAGCUGAUGAUGACCGACUUCUAUAAGAAGCAGCAAGAAGAGGGCGGCACCUGGCUUGCGGUGCCCAUGUCGGAGCAAGGUUUACUGGAUCAGUGCUUCGGCAUCAGGAAAGUGCCCGCCUUUGUGAUUGUGGACGCGAAAGGGCAGAUCAUCAAUAAGAAUGCCAAAUGCAUUCCUGAUUUGCCCGCCAAGGCAUCGGACUUCCCUUUCCCGCCACCGCCCAUUGGGCUUUUGUCAUCCUCAGACGAGAUCCUCAAGCCGGCCAUGUGUCUUAUGCUGGAGAAUUGCGAGGAGGAGCUCCAGAAUAAGAUCAUACAGACCAUGAAUCCAAUUGCGGAAAAGUAUGUCAAGGCUGGUGAACUGCUGUUCUUCGCUGCCCGGCGGGUUUCGCCGGUCUCAGCCACCUUCCGCACCAUGGCCAACUUGCCACAAGCAGAUGAGGUGCGGCACGUGGUGGUCGCCGAGAGGCGCCAGGCUGGUAGAAAUGGAUGAAGGAACAAACUUGGAAUAAACCACCUCUUGUUCAGUUUUGACUGUUUCUGUUUGAGAUGAAACUGUAGAUGGGAUUCUAGAAUGGGGCCCCUUAUAUACUUCAAUAAAUAAAACGAAGGCCUUCCGUAGCUCUCCCCAUAGGGGCGUGUAAUGGGGUGUGGUAGCCACAUAUCUCUCGGACCCUCGGAAAUCGUACGUUUUCCUAAAGGCCAGGCGUUCAGAUUGGGCAGCGGAUUUCAUGCUUUAGAAGGUCGCUUUUUGUAGAUGGUCCUUUGUCAAGCUCAGCUUUGGCCAUUUGCAACUCUCGUCCCGGGAUUGCUGAAGAACAUCCCUUAAGGCCUCAGGGAUACAAUCUUUGGGACGUAGGACGCAUCCCACUUCGAGGCAGUUGAUGUUGAUGUCAGGCAUUUUUCCCGUUGAUUCCUUAGGCCCUGCCGUGCACCUUUUAGCUUGUGUGAUGAUGGUCAAGCAGCAAAAACUCCUACCCCUGGCAUCCAUUAGAGCCCUAGAAUUUAUGAUUCGUGCUCAAUUCCGGGUUCUAAUGGACCCAUUAGAGUGCUCAAUUGCAUUAGAACCCUUUUGCCCUUGCACUUUUACACAAUCAAGCUCUGUCGACCCUCGUUCUGAGCCGCUCAGGUGACCCGGCAGGAGGAAGAUUUCGACAGCGACCGAGGUGACGAGGAGGUGAGACAGACAGCACAGGUUUGGACCCUUCAUGGGGAGCCAGACGCACUCCUGGACUCAGAGUCCAGAAGUACAAAGCCACACCUGUUUCUAGAGGAAAAUGGUCUCCCUUAGGGGGCCAUGGCUAUGCCAUCCACUUCCACCAUGAU